AUGGAUCCUAGUGCGACAAUCAUCAACUGGCAGCAUGCCUUUGAAAACCAUCGCAUCCCACAAACCCGCGUGAUUGAAAAGCAGUUGCGGGCAAGUGCUGCACAAAACAAAGACAAGCUGCGAGCUCUCGUUGGCGGGAGCUAUCGCGAGCUUUUGGCAACUGCCGAAGCCAUUGUCGUCCUAGAUGCACAGACUAGGUCUGCAGAGGACAGCCUUGUGUCAAUCAGUCACAAUUGCAGACCCCUUCAGCAAGAUGCCUCUCCUCGACCUCCGCCGGCCGACAAAGUGGCGCUGGCCCAGUUUCGCCUCCUGCAGCGGUGCUGCUCGACUGCGGCUUCAUCUCUUCGUGACCACCAUAUCUUGCAAUGUGCUCAACUCAUGGUCGUCUCGAGAUUACUGUUGAAGUCUCUGGGCGACCAGGACACGCUGACCAGGAGCCUCGAUUCCCUGCGGAACAGACUUGGUGCACUUCGGCGGCAACUGCUUCUGCGAAUAGAAGCUAGGUUGACCAACCCUACGUCAACGCUGUCGGAUCUUCUCGAGUCAAUGUGUGCUUACUGCUUGGUCACCAGCAGUUCUUCUGAGGAUGCCCUGGCGCAUCUGCGCCAGCUCAGGCUUGAGAAAAUCCGGCGUCAGCUGGCCGCCUCUCGCCAGCGACCUACCAUUUGUCACGCCUUACGGUACCAGAUAGUAUCCUUACAGACUUUCAAGUCUCUGAUAGGACGCCCGAUGAUCGACUCUAUUAAUCACUUGCAGAAGAGACCAAUAUUGGAGGAUCCGUCUAUCAGAGGCCUGGAACCUCUAGGCCUUGAUCAGACUUUCUUAUUGAUUCCAGAUGAAAUACGGUCAUUUGUUCCCUACUUCAAGAGAAGUGCACCCACAUUCGAAGAGACGCAAGGUAAACUGGAGACAUGGUCCCGGGAGUGCUUACGAACAUUUUCUGAUUCACUGCACCAUUAUCUUGCUUCAGUGGAUCAGAUAGCCGAGGUGCUGGAAUUGCGGCAAGAACUUUACACCACUCUCCUCCCUUCCUACUUCUCAACGCCAGCAGGGUCGGACAUCAAAGAUCAAAUCUCUCAGGCUCUGAACAAGAGAUUGCACGACAUUUGCCACAAUCGCAGUGCUCGCCUGGCUCACAUCACGACCGUGCUUCUCGACAAACUUGCCACCAGCAGGACCACAAAAUCAUUAUGGGAUUCAGAGCUUGCCUUAUCAAAUUUGGAUGCCGGAGGGGCUCAGCUCAUUACCCGCGUCAGGAAAAGACAUGAGGGCAGUAAUGUUGCAUUGUCUAAAGCUUCAAAGUCAUUGAAUACAUGGAUCACGACUACGAACAACGCAUUCGAUCAACUUGACGAAAUCGCGAAAAUAAGAUGGAGAGAUAUUGUUGAAGAGCCCGACGAAGAGAAUGAAGACGAAGCCUCUGAUCUGAUCAGAGAGCUGUGCGAAAUGGACUCGAGGUUGUACCGCAACAGCCUACAAGACACGUUGCAGAAGGCGUUGCUGGAAUAUGAGGCAAGUAUCACACAAAGAGCCAUCCAGGUGGUGGAUGAGCCAAAGACUGUCUUACAUGUCGUGGCAUUGUUGCGCGCCAUCAGGGUUUCAAUGACUUCCUUGCAGCAUGCAUUUCCACAACAAGCAAGAUUUACAAAGCUCCCUGAGAUUGUCCACAAGUUGCAUCAGCUCGUGGCUGAAGAAGUCAGUGUCCAAUUGGCCGCGUCAAGAGAAGGCAAGAAGAAGCCAAUGGGCUGGAACAAGGACAUGCUGCCGGACAGCAUGCCCUCCCCUUGUGCAUUCUCAACUUUACGACAACUGUGCAAGAUCAUGCUGGAGAUUGGUGGCACCGAUUUGUGGUCUCUUCCCGUGGUUGAAUUGGUUAAAGAAGCCGUCAGAUCUCACAUCUUCAGAUCUGAGUCCAAGGUCUGGUAUGUGGAGAACGAGUUUGACGAAGCAUAUCUCAGUAUUGCUCUUGGACGAGAUACAUCAACCCUGCCUGAGGAGAAAGCGAAUAUAAAGUCUGCAUCUGAGUACUGGGCGAGGACGAAGUCGUUGUUCGGCGUGCUUGCCUAA